UAUGCUAUGUGGCUAGUAUAUAUACGAGUUAUAAGUUGAAGAAAAUUACUAGACACGCGGGUUUAGAAGUCACCGCGGGGGAACGAAGCAAUGACGUCACUAACGACGGAGCCCCCCACCCUCCGUUCAAUUCCGUCAGUCGACGCCACCGCAUCCUCCUCCUCCUCCUCCGCCGCCGUUGCGGUCGCCGCCCCCUCACACCGCCGAUCAUACAGAUGCUACAACUGCAACCACUCCUUCCACAUAACCCGCACCGCCACCGCAUCCGCCUCUCCGCCUUCCUCUUUCCGCUGCCCUCGAUGCUAUCACCGCCACCUAAUCCCUAACCACACCAUUUCUCCGCCGCCGCCGUCGAUACCUCCUCCCCCUCGUCCGCCGACUUCCGAUUUCCCCCCUGGCCCAAACUUCUACAUUUAUGAGACCUCCGAUGAUUCCGACUCCGGCGACGACUCCGAUUCCGAGAGUUCCCUCCUAUCAUUUGCAACCCCCAAUUCCCAUCAAUCUACACCUGCUUUGAAAUCGUUCGUUCGCUCGCUGCCGAUUAAAAUAUUUCCCCCAAAUUCAGACCGGUCUCUUCAAUCGUGCUCAAUUUGCAUGGAGGAUUUCCAGAUAGAUCCAGGUACUUUUGUAACAGUCAAUAAAUUGCCGUGCGAGCACUUUUUCCAUAGGGAUUGUAUUGUUGAAUGGCUUCAAAGGAGCAACACUUGCCCCUUGUGCCGGCACAAAUUGCCAGCCGAAUCCGCGCCGAAAAAGAAGGCGAUUGACCCAUGGGCGCACCGCUGGGAGGUGGAUCGUGAUGUACUUUUGCUUCUGGAUAGAACUCCGGUUAGAGAGCCGAGGUUGAGGAGGGUUAAUGGGGAGGCCAAUCUGAUUUCAAUUGCUACUGCAUCGGGCUCCAGUAGACGAGGCUCGAGUGAUAAUGGUGGGGAAGUUAGUGGUAGGGGUGUCGAUGAAAUGCGUGACGAAGAUGGCGAUAUCUUGAUGGUCGACGCCGCUUGACGCAGCAUCGGUUUUGAUCUUUUGGUUGAUGUAAAGUCGCUCUUCUGAUUAUCUUGGAGUUGAUUUAUGCUAGGAGCUUAGAAUAGUGGACCCAAAACCCGAUGCCUGUAUGAAGAAUUUAUAUUCCUUUUUUUUUUUUUUUUAAUUUUCGUGUACAGUGUCUUUUGCAAAUGAAGCAACAAACAAUGGAACGGUUUUAUCUGAUAUUCUGAACUGGAUCGGAGCGUCAGAAUAUGAAGGAAUGAAGAAAAACCGUGUAAAUUAGUAUGUUUUUUUGAGUCAAGGAUUCGAUCACAGAUUGUGCUCAUGUAUUAUUAUCGAAAACCAUUAGUGUUUUGAAUUGAAGGAAAGAAGAGAGCAUUCUUCACAUUCUUGUGGUCCA